GUCAAGUUGAGGUGACAAGACAAAUGUUGAGGCACUCGUAAUAAUCAUGACACUGUGUCUGGUUGGCCUUGAGUCCAGACGCAGCCCUCAGGACUUGAGAGAGUUUGGGAAAGUAACAAACAAAAUAGCAUUUCUGAAAGAAGGUUUUGGGUAACAGAAGUUGUGGAUAACAGGGCAAACCAGUCCCAUCACCAUGAGUUGGAGCUUCCUGACUCGCCUGCUAGAGGAGAUCCACAACCAUUCAACGUUUGUUGGGAAGAUCUGGCUCACUGUGCUCAUUGUCUUUCGAAUUGUCCUAACUGCUGUGGGAGGAGAGUCCAUCUACUAUGAUGAGCAAAGCAAAUUUGUGUGCAACACAGAGCAGCCGGGUUGUGAGAACGUCUGCUAUGACGCCUUCGCACCGCUCUCCCACGUGCGCUUCUGGGUGUUCCAGAUCAUCCUGGUGGCAACUCCCUCUGUGAUGUACCUGGGGUAUGCCAUUCAUAAGAUUGCCAAGAUGGAGCAUGGAGAAGCAGACAAGAAGGCAGCUCGGAGCAAACCCUAUGCCAUGCGUUGGAAACAGCACCGGGCUCUGGAAGAGACAGAGGAAGACCACGAAGAGGAUCCUAUGAUGUACCCAGAAAUGGAGUUAGAAAGUGAAAAAGAAAAUAAAGAGCAGAGCCAGCCAAAACCUAAGCAUGAUGGACGACGGCGGAUUCGGGAGGAUGGGCUCAUGAAAAUCUAUGUGCUGCAGCUGCUUGCCAGGACUGUGUUUGAGGUGGGCUUUCUAAUAGGACAGUAUUUCUUGUAUGGUUUUCAAGUCCACCCAUUUUAUGUGUGCAGCAGACUUCCUUGUCCUCAUAAGAUAGACUGCUUUAUUUCUAGACCCACUGAAAAGACCAUCUUCCUCCUGAUAAUGUAUGGUGUCACAGGCCUUUGCCUGUUGCUUAACAUUUGGGAGAUGCUUCAUUUAGGGUUUGGGACCAUUCGAGACUCACUAAACAGUAAAAGAAGGGAGCUUGACGACCCGGGUGCUUAUAAUUAUCCUUUCACUUGGAAUACACCAUCUGCUCCCCCUGGCUAUAACAUUGCUGUCAAACCAGAUCAGAUCCAGUACACCGAGUUGUCCAAUGCUAAGAUUGCCUACAAGCAGAACAAAGCCAAUAUCGCCCAGGAGCAGCAGUACGGCAGCCACGAGGAGCACCUCCCGGCCGAUCUGGAGACUCUGCAGCGGGAGAUCAGGAUGGCUCAGGAGCGCUUGGAUCUCGCAAUCCAGGCCUACCAUCACCAAAACAACCCCCAUGGUCCUCGGGAAAAGAAGGCCAAAGUGGGGUCCAAAUCUGGGUCCAACAAAAGCAGUAUUAGUAGCAAAUCAGGGGACGGGAAGACCUCCGUCUGGAUUUAAUCUUGGUUGGGCUUACAAUUCGGAUUUUCAUAGUUUAUGGUAAGCAGCGACUCGCUGAAUAAUGACUUCCAUUGAGUAAACAUUUGGCUCUGGUUAUCUUCAGGGAUGCUGUUGGCUCAUGAUCCCAACUCAGGGACUCUGAAGGUGGAGCUGGGAUGAGUGGGGAGGGAAACACAGUGUUCCCAGGCACAGGUUCUCAGCAGUAAUACAGUGCAGAACUUUAUGUUGUGUCUUCCAGAUCCAGAGAAGAACAGAUAUAUUUAAAUCAUUCUGUUGAACAGUUUUUGUAUGUACAGUAUUAUGGUACUUU